AUGGAAGGUUCCACGUUUUUCUCUCGUCAUUUAUUCAAACGAAAAUUUAAAGUGUACCCGCAACAAAAGUGCGCAGAAAACAGAGAAAAUCCGGAUAUGAAUAAAUCCAUUUCUAAUACACGUUCAGGUUUGGUAUCACAAAGGUCGCUAUUAACUGGAACGUUAACCCCCGCUGAAGAAAUCGUUAUCCCUUCUCGCAAAAGUUCUCAAACUCAAAACUGCGAUAAUAUGCAAGAAAACACGAAGGAUGUGUUAUCACGUGACGAUGAGAUCGUUUUGGGAUCAGAAGACGAACACCGACAAGUCGUUUUAGAAUCCAAUGAUACUUGCGUAAACAUUGCAAACGCACAACUGCAAGAUACUGCCAAGGUGACCACUCUUAACUCGGUGCAGCAAAGCUCGACAGGAAAUUAUUUUGAAUGGUUUGGAGAAAUAAAGAAUAUGUAUUUUGACCUGUUGGGUAAGAUUAAUGUGUUCAAGAUGAAGAAUGAUGAUGUUAUAGUGAAAGAUCAUUGGAAGAAGGAUCACACGGCAAAAUGUUGUAGUUUUUGUCAUAAAAAGUUCACGAUUCUUUACAGAAGACAUCAUUGUAGAAUAUGCGGAUACAUAUUUUGUUCAUCUUGCUCAUCUGGGAAAACACUUCUCGAUCCGAAUCUUGCGAUGCCAGUACAAUUUCACGACCAUGAAAACGAACAAGAAUUUUAUGAGAAUCAUACAGACGAUUGUUUUAGCGAUGAAGAUUCCAUUACUUCAGAUUAUUCUUAUUAUAGCUCAGAUUCUAGUUCAUUUUUCGAUUUUGAUAAUACUCCGUGUGAUUUAAUUUACAGUGAUGAUUCUUCGAUGGUGUUUAACAAUGAUGAUGAAGGCGACAAGGAUA